CAGGGAUUGUCCGUGUUUUUAGUCCGGGACUCCUCCUGGAUGAUGACGUCACGCAGCUUCUCCAACUGUACAGUGAAGCGCGUGAGAGACUGAACAUAACGCACAUAACGGUCCAUACUCAAGAGACUGACCGCAUCUUCAAAAAAAUCGAGUUAAUGGGCCAUUUUCGCCGUGUUUGACACUUGAAACUUGCAAGAAAUUGGAGACUGUAUAUUAUGGAAGGCCAUUUAUUCCAUAAACAUGGCCAUUGAACAAACAUGGGAAGAAAAACUUGAGACAAGAAGUGGAGUUUGGUAGAAAUACACACCAUGGCUGCCCAUCGCAUUCGAUCAGCGAACAACAACACUGUGCUCCCUCGCUGCAGAUCUGAGGGUGCACUUAUUGAUCUCAGUGAAGGAGUGCCAGAGGCCACCCUUACAGAUUUUAAAGUGCCUUCACCUAGUGCCUUACGACUGGAUGCUACUGCCUCAUUUGGAGCUGUCAGGGAAGUGAUUGCCAUUAAGGAUUACUGUCCAUCCAGCUUUACCACACUCAAAUUCUCAAAGGGAGACUGUCUUUAUGUUAUAGACACAUCGGGUGAAGAGUGGUGGUAUGCGCACAACAGUAAAGAGAUGGGAUAUAUCCCAGCUGCUUAUGUCCAGCCGAUCAAUUAUCGAGAUUCCACAUUCAGUGAUAGCGGCAUGAUUGACAGCCUAAGUGACAUUUCUGAGGGGGUGAGAGAAAUGGAUAUCUCGGGGGAGUGGACAGGGUCCACCAAAAUCACAGAAUCUAAUAAUGACCAUCCUUUUAUUAAUAAACGGACGUCAACUAACCCUUUCCUAAAUGGCACGCUGCAAGGUGCCCCUGACCAAAACAGCAACCAGAAUUCAGCAAAUGCUUUGUGUUUAGAUAAUCUCUCACCUCCCAUCUCAAACACCAGCAGCACCAUUAAUAUUAAUGGCUUUGAAAGUGGGCUACUUGACACACACAAUAUUAGCCCUGGUUCAGGGAUUGGCCUACAUUUUCGCAGAGACAAUCCGUUUUUUAGGAGUAAGCGUUGCUACAGCAUGUCAGAACUGUCUGUCCUACAGUCCCUGUCUGAUGGGAAUCAAGGUUCCUUGAGUUUUUUUGGUGGCUUGAAGUCACCUAAACCUGAGCAUUUUCAAAGUAGAGAGGAUUUCAAAACGGCAUGGCUAAAUCACCGUAAACUUACACGAUCCUGCCAUGACCUGGACUCCAUUGGACAAAACCCAGGUUGGGGGCAAACCCAACCAAUAGAGACCAAUAUUGUGUGCAAACUGGACAGUUCUGGUGGUGCCGUGCAGCUACCAAAUACCAGUAUCAGUAUAUAUAUUCCUGAGGGUCACGUUGCACCGGGUGAGACUCAGCAGAUAUCGCUGAGGGCCCUUCUGGAUCCACCGUUGGAGCUUAACAAUGAUAGAUGUACUACCGUAAGUCCAGUGGUAGAAGUAAAACUCAGUAACAUGGAAACCAAGACCCCGGUCACUUUAGAGAUGAAGGUGUCUGUUGUAGUAAAGAUAGAGAGCCGCAAAACCGCAGAGGUGGUGUGUGUGAGAAGCAACUUCAAGGAAGGUCCGUAUGUCCCGAUUCCACAUGUAUACAUGUAUGGAGACACAGUUCAAGUAACUCUGGACAAUUUAGAGCCUUGCAUGUAUGUCUCUGUAGUUGCCCAAGCACAAACGUUGGCCCCAUACAACACAGUCUGGGAACAUGUCGUAAAAAAGGUCACUCUUGGGGUAUAUGGGCCAAAACACAUCCACCCAUCCUUCAACACAGUAGUGGCCAUUUUUGGCCAUGACUGCGCCCCAAAGACGUUGCUAGUGAGCGAUGUAAAAAAGCACUUACAGUCAACUCCACCUGUCGUCCUCCAGCUCUGGGGAAAGCACCAGUUUGUACUAACAAAACCUCAAGACCUUCAGGUUGGCAUGUAUUCAAACAUGUCCAAUUUUGAUGUGAGAGCCAAUGAACAGGCAAGAACUGUGAGGGGAUUUCAGAUCAAACUUGGCAAAGUGGCCCGCCUCAUCUACAUGAUCGCAGCACGCGAUUCAACUGACAUUUCAGACUUUACUUUGCGUAUUCAGGUCAAGGAUGAUAAGGACUGUAUCUUGGCCCAGUUUUGCGUUCAGACCCCAACCCCACCACUAAAAACAAGCACAAAAAGCUCCGUUCAAAGGCGCUUCCUCAAGAAAAAGGAAGUAAACAAAAUCAUACUGUCUCCUCUUGCAGCGACCACAAAGUACCCUGUGUUUCAGGACAGACUAGUCAAAAACCUAAAAUUUGCUAAGCUUCUGAAAACUGUUGUAAGACAGACCAAAAGCCUGUAUUUGCUAGAGUAUCUUAAAAGCGACGUAAUGGCUCUUUUGAGUGAGGAAAAAAUAAAACUUAAAGGACAUCUAUGGACCAAAGAGUGGUACAUCGGAUACUACCAUGGAAGAAUUGGGUUGGUGCAUGCAAAAAACAUUCUAAUCAUGGGAAAAGUGAAACCUGUUCAUUUCAAAGGGCCUGAUCUUACAACUACAAUCCUUUUAGAGCAGAUCCUAAAGCCCUGCUUGUGCCUGACGUACAUCUACGCAUCAGUGAGGACAAUACUGAUGGAAAACGUGGCGAGUUGGAGAGUGUUUGCUGACGCUUUGGGUUACGUCAAUCUGCCUCUGACACAUUUCUGUCGGACAGAGCCAGAAAGUGAGCCUGAAAAGGUGGCUUCUGUUCUUGAGAAGCUUAAGGAAGACUGCAAUGCAGCUGAGGGCAAGGAGAGGAAGUCUUUCCAGAAGGAACUCAUGAAGGCUCUUCUGAAGAUGGACUGUCAGGGCCUGGUGGCACGGCUGGUCAUGGACUUUGUGCUGUUGACUACAGCGGUGGAGGUGGCGGGUCGCUGGAGGGAGCUUGCUGAGAGACUCGCUAAAGUGUCCCGGCAGCAGAUGGAAGCAUAUGAAGCUCCACACAGAGACAGCAGGGGACAACUGGAUAGUGAGGCCAUGUGGAAACCUGCCUUUGACUUCCUGGUCACAUGGGCAGCCCAGAUCGGGGACAGUUACAGGGAUGUGAUUCUGGAACUUCACACUGGAUUGGACAAAAUGAAGAACCCCAUCACCAAGCGCUGGAGGCACAUCACAGGCUCCCUCAUGCUUGUCAACUGUCUGGAUCUCCUACGGAGCACUGCUUUCAGCCCCUGCUCUCAAGAUGACUGUGCCAUAUAAAGACUGCCUACAUCACCUGACUUUUACAAGACCCAGAUACACCUGAUUUCACCUGAUUUAAAGCGCUUAUAUGUUUGAACAAUAGAUUUGUUAGCCGUGGUGUUGCAUAGUAAAUUACUGAAAAGUGUAUUGCUGAUGUUUUAAUACAAGCAGAGGUCUCCAUCUCAUGUAAAACUCUAAUGUAAAAUAAGAUAUGAUUGUUCAGGUUUUUUUAUUCAUUGCAUAUCAUCAUGAUUUUAUACUUGUACAUUUUGUACAAAAGAUACACGUUUUUUCACUAAUAAUGUAACAACCUUUCUCUUUUGUUUUAAGUUUUGUUUUGUGAUGCCAAUUACACUGUAUGCUAAACUGCCUGUUUUACUUUGCUCUAAGUGUCUGUUGUUUAUGUUGUUCAGAUUUAAGUAGCCUAAUGUUUUUAUAAGUGAAAGUAAAUGUUAGAAUGAAAAGUAAAAUGGAAAAAUAAAACCUUAUUGUCUUAAUAAAGAGACACACCAGAAUUAUUAUUAAGGAAUGUAUAAUGAUAUCACUUUAGUUCACCUGUACAUAAAACAUAAAACUCAAAUACUUCCAUCAGCACGAGUAGGCUUAUAACUAAAGCAUCUCAUCUUCAGCUUACAGAAAUUAAAAGAUUUACUCACCAUUGGGACGCUGAUGUCCCAGUGGCCUUAAUUUGAGCCAAAUAUACGAAGAUUUCAUUCCAGAACUUUAGUAACUAAAGAUCAAAGUAAAAAAAUUAAAGUCCAUUUGAUUGUGAUGAUAAUUCCAAACAGCACAUACGUGGUGUAUAACAAGUCGUUUUAUUAUUUAUUAUUAUUUGUUUGUUAGUUUGUUCUUCUUCUUGUUUUGUUUUAUCACCAAAAAAAUUCACAUUAUAAUCAUAACAUUUAAUUAGUUGUUGCAAGUGAUGGCCCAUGUAAAUCUAAUGCAAAUGUAUCAGUUGGACACUUUGUUCAUUCAAAGUUAAAAUAAAUAAAUUAUUGAAUUUAUACAUUUUAACUUUGAAUUAAAAAUUUAAAUGUAAUAAAUCAUAUAUUUAAGUAUUAUGUGGAAACUAAAUGUUAAAACUAUACAUUGUGGAAACUAAAAAUGUUGUCAUAAAGCUAACAGCUGUGCUGUUGUUUUUCUAGCCUGCAUGUCUCUGUAUCCAAUUUGCAUUUGUAAGAGUUAAUUUAACAUUAGUUUAAUGUUACACUGAGUGUAGAUGUCAUUGAUACGUUGAUAGGAUGAAUUUGUGUGACAAAACUGACUCCAAUAUAAUAUAUUAAUCUGGUCACACUCAAAGUGCAAUACAACAUUAUUGUAAGUUAAGUUUGUUUUCUUGCUGUGCCCACUGAGAGUUUUACAAACCUACUUGCUAUGUGCGAAUUCCAGUCUUAUCACUCCAGCAUAAUUUUUCUCACUGCUUGACAGGCUCUCCCAACAAAAAUUAUGACCAAUGUAAACAGUCAUCACUGUGGGUCUUACAAAAAUAUGCUUACAUCUUACCCUACUCUAGACACAGGCAUGCAGACGGCAUAUUUCACAUCACAAGCCUUUCAUCAGUGCCCUCUCUCACUCUCUGAGGGGAUCCCUCGACUACUGACAAAAAUCUGAAAGAUGCAAGUGUGUGUGUACAAUAUAAUGAACAUGUGCAGUCAACUAUGAAGAUUUUAUACAGUUUUAACUGGUGUUCCAAAGAUACAGUCAAGCAAGUGUGUUUUUAUCAAUGUGCCUAUGUUUGCUGUGAUACGCCAUAAAUAAACUGUGUUCUUUCUCGGGUCAGUGAGUGACCUUUUGAAAAAGACAAAGACAAA